ACUCGUUUUCCCUGGUCUCCAUUCCCGUACACAAAUUUCUUCAGAAUCAGACCCCAACCAAACUCGCCACCCUCUCCUGUAUUAUCAACCAUUUCCCUAGUCUUACGUCCCUUUCUCUCUGUGCCACCUACAACUAUUCAUCAUCACAACCAACGGAAAAGAAACGGGAAGAAAACCCUCCUCCCUAAAACCCUGUCGAUCUCUCUUUAUCACCUCUCCUUCUUCGCCCAAUUUCCGAUCAUUCACUACUGCUAUUUAUACAAUUGGGUCGCCAAUUUCUUUUCAAUUCAUUCUCUUCUUUCACUUUUCCCUUUAAUUUGGUUUUAGGGUUUGAUUUUGCUUGUACAGCAUCAGGAUCCGAAGAGUUUUCUCUGAAUUUUCACAAUUCAGUAGGGUUGAUCAUGAAAUUCCAGAUACUUAUGUGGUCUCAUGGUUUGUGUUACGCGUUUCGGCAUUCUAGGGUUUGCUUGAGUACUAAUAUCCGUGUUUAGCGGAUUCUGCACUUUGGGGUGAUAGAGCAGUGGGGUUUUCAUUGCUUUUGAGAAGAACUGUGGAGUUAGAUGAAAGCAUGAACGAUUUCAAGGCGGAUUUUGAUAAAGAGUCGUGUUCCAGGUCAAUAAACGAGACGGUGAAUGGGUCACACCAGUUUAAGAUAAAGGGGUAUUCGUUGGCCAAAGGGAUGGGAACUGGAAAGUGCAUAUCGAGUGAUAUUUUCUCGGUGGGAGGUUACGAUUGGGCUAUUUACUUCUACCCAGAUGGGAAAAAUCCCGAGGACAGUUCCAUGUAUGUUUCGGUUUUUAUCGCCCUCGCGAGCGAGGGAACGGACGUCAGGGCUUUGUUCGAGUUGACGCUGGUGGAUCAGAGUGGAAAUGGGAAACACAAAGUGCAUAGCCACUUCGAUCGUGCGUUGGAGAGCGGGCCGUACACGCUGAAGUACAGAGGGAGCAUGUGGGGCUACAAGCGUUUCUUUAGGAGGACAACUUUAGAAAAUUCUGAUUAUAUAAAGGAUGAUUGUCUAGUCAUGAACUGCACUGUUGGAGUUGUCAGAACUCGUCUUGAAGGACCAAAAGAGUAUUCCAUUCCUGUUCCACCUUCAGAUAUGGGUCAGGGCCUUAGGGAACUCUUAGAAUCUGAAGUUGGUUGUGACAUUGUUUUCCAGGUUGGGGAUGAAACAUUUAAUGCUCAUAAGUUGAUACUUGCUGCUCGUUCCCCAGUUUUCAGAGCCCAGUUUUUUGGACUUGUUGGGGAUCCCAACCUGGAUAAAGUAGUCGUAAAGGACAUAGACUCCUCAAUCUUCAAGGCAAUGCUAUUGUUCAUAUACACUGACAAACUUCCUGAUGUACAUGAGAUUACCGGCGUAACAUCUAUGUGUACAUCCACCAACAUGGUGCAGCAUCUAUUGGCUGCUGCUGACCUUUACAACUUAGAUAGAUUGAAGUUGCUAUGUGAAUCAAAGUUGUGCGAGGAACUGAGUGCUGAUACUGUGGCGACAACACUUGCGUUGGCUGAGCAGCAUCAGUGUUCUCAACUCAAGGCCAUCUGUUUGAAAUUUGCUGCAAAUCCACUAAACUUGGGAGCGGUAAUGCAGUCAGAAGGGUUUCAACACUUGGAAGAGAGUUGCCCUUCACUGUUGUGUGAGAUGCUAAAGACAUUUGCAUCAGGAGAUGAGAACUCGAGUCUACUAUCAGGUCGGAAGAGGAGUGGUAGCAGCAUAUAUGGGCUAGAUCUAGGAGCAGAUGGGGCUGCAGCAGAAUCAGUGAAUCCCAAUGCCAGGCGAGUGAGGCGGCGGUUUUAGGAUGCAUAGUGUAGGUACUGUUAUCCUCUGUUGAAGGAGUUUGAGUCUUAGCAAACUAGGGUGGUUUUGUUUUGGAUGUACAGUCAUCAUGGAAGGCCAGAGAUGGAACUACAGAAAAAGAAGAGGAAAAUUAUCUGCUGCUUUCUUUUCUGUUUCUUUUCACCAGCAACUAAACUUAGGCUAUUUUGCUUGUGUUGAACUGAAAUAGGAGGUAAUCAAAAUUGUAACAUAACCUUGGUUGCAUUAUAGUUAUCAUUAUUAUCGUUUUUUUCUGUUGAACCAAA